AUGCACUCCCCAGCUUCUUCAGCAUCACCGCGAUCGUCCCUAGGGACGUGGUCGCCCACCACCCCGAGUUUCUCUCACAAGUUCAGGAACCGUGUUCCUACGCAGAUGAGAAGAUGCAUACCAAUCUACCUGACUUGCGUUCUCGUCUUUCUCCUCAUUCUCAACGCCGACUUGUUCACGGUGUCGAUACCCAAAGGAAAUAGUCCGGUCUUCAGGCGUGGUGGGCCGAAAGCAAAGCAAAGCUCGAGUGCUACCGCGCCAGUGAUUCCGACUACCGUUGGCUUCCCAAAGAAGAUAUGGCAAACAUGGAAGGUGGAUCCGCUGCACUUUGAGCAGCGUGACAGCAACACCGCGCGGACGUGGUUGCUAAGGAACCCAGACUUCAGAUAUGAGGUUCUCACCGACAGUAACGACGUCGGCUAUGUCGAGCAACACUUUGGGCCCGGAGGCUUCAACCGUCCAGACAUUGUUGACCUGUAUCGCAACAUCAAUGCCACGAUUAUCAAAGCAGACCUGUUGCGGUACAUGGUCAUGUACGCCGAAGGCGGUGUGUAUGCGGACAUUGACGUCGAGGCCCUGAAGCCGGUAUCGAGGUUCAUACCAGACCACAGAUACGCGGAGGAGGACAUUGACAUGGUGAUCGGCAUCGAGAUCGACCAGCCGCAGUUUAAGGACCACCCGAUUCUUGGGAAGAAGUCCCAGUCGUUCUGCCAGUGGACCUUCAUGGCGCGGCCAAGACUUCCAGUCAUGAUGCGUCUCAUUGAGAACAUCAUGUCCUGGCUGGCCGACCUUGCCAGGCAACAAAACGUACCGAUCUCAGAGGUGGUCAUGGACUUUGACCAAGUCAUCUCCGGGACCGGACCGUCUGCCUUCACUGCCGCUAUCCUGGAAGAGAUGAAUGUCAACCGUCCCAAGGACAUCCCCGAGAUCACAUGGAAUGUGUUCCAUGACCUGGAUGAGUCGAAAAUCGUUUCGAGGGUCCUUGUCCUGGAUGUUGAGGCCUUCGCGGCUGGACAGGGGCACAGUGACAGUGGCAAUCACAACGCGCGGGGCGCGCUGGUGAAGCACCACUAUCACGCAAGCAACUGGCCGAGCCGCCACCCACGGUUCAACCACCCGGUCUAUGGCCCUGUGGAACACUGCAACUGGGAGCCAAACUGCGUGACGCAGUGGGAUGCCGACACAGCUGCUUUCGCCCUCAUGACCGAGGAGGAGCAAAAGACCCUGGCCGAGGAGAAAGAAGCCGAGCGAAAAGCCACGACAGCGCAGCAAGAGCAGUUCCUGGCGAGGAUCGCGCAGCAGCAAGAGGCGCUCCAGCAGCCUCUGCACCUCGGACAGCAGCACCUUCAGCCACCACCAGCACCUGCACCAAAGCCCGAGCCCGAGCCCGAGGCUGAGACACAACCGGAGUGA